UUGCGAUGGGUCUUCGUCUUUUAGUCUCAUUCAUCUACAAUUAUCAGUUCUUCAGGUUUUCAACACUUUGCUUGGAUUUUUUUUCCUGCUUCAUCCAUGUUUUGGUAAAUUAUUUCUUCAGAUUCAGAGCGAGCCCCAGUUGGUGUCUCCAAGAUGAGAUGAUAUAUUGACACACAUCCAUCCAUAUGCAUAUCUUUAGUAUCGGUGCUCCGCAGUCUGAAGAGUGGUUUUAUCGCUGUAUUCAGAGGCUUGGGGUGUCAACCAAGUCCAGGUACUGUUCGAUUUAUCUGUUAAGCUCUUUCUCAUUUGAUAAUGAAUCAUUGGCGCUCCACACCAAGAGAGAGUGAUCGGGGUGACUAGCUAGUAGAUCAGAAAAAAAGGAAAGAGAGAGAGAGAGAGAGUUGGAGGCAUGAGUAACCAACGAAGCCGAGAAAUAAUACUAUGGAAUUAGAAACUAGGUACCUGACUGGAGGAGUUGUGUUGGAAGUAGAAGCCAAUAUCAAGGAAGCAGCCAGAAAAUUAAGAUUCCUAGAUUUGGAGUUUAGAUCGACGUAGUUUUAAAGCAAGGGAGACUUUUGGAGUGGGGCAAAGAGAGGAAAAGUAAUUUUGUACUUAAACUGGUAAAAAAUAAAUAGAAAAAAAUACUGUGUGUUGGGUUAUUAGCUUUUCUGACAUUGGAAUUGAACCACAAAGUUGGAGAAUUGGAAUUGGAGCCCCCAGGUAGCUGAGUCUGGAUAGCUACAAAAAAAAAAAAAAAAGAAAAUCUUGUUUGAGUGAUGUUUUUGGGUUUUAAGGGAAAAUAGAAAAGGAGAUAAAAAAUUGAGUUAUCAGGAGUGAAGAAGGAACUGAAAUGAUAGAGAGGGUGCAGACAUGGAUGAACACCCUAUGGGAAGGGUCUGGACUCCAGAGGCACUUUUCAGAGGAGACGAGAUGUCGGCCAUUCCUACUAGAGAAGGGAACUUCGAGAACCAUGGUUUUCUUCUUUAUCGUCCUCUUCCUUGGCGCCUUCUUUUCUGUUCGUUGGAUCGACACUUCUGUCAUUACAAGCGGCAGUGCGUCUCUGAAAGCAAUUUUUACUUCCUCCUCCGACACCCCAGAGGAGUCAGAAAGCGAGGAACUUGAGUUUCCAUUCAACUGCUCCGUAGCUAACCUGAGUCAGAUAUGCUCCACAAGCUUCCCGGCAACGUUUUCAAGAGGCGACAAUUCGUCUUCCACUGCUGCUAGAAGAACAACCGCUGCAACAUGCCCGCAUUACUUCCGUUGGAUCCACGAGGAUUUGCGGCCGUGGAAGGAGACAGGGAUCACGAGAGAGAUGGUUGAAAGAGAAAGAAAGAGAGCAAACUUCAGGUUGGUGGUGGUGGACGGGAGGCUUUACUACGAUAAGUACAGCGGCGCAUUUCAGACCAGAGACGUAUUUACGCUGUGGGGAAUUGUACAGCUUAUGAGGAGGUACCCAGGGAAGUUGCCCGAUCUGGAUAUCAUGUUCAACUGCGACGACCACCCCAUCAUCAGGAAAAGCGAUUAUCAGGGGCCGAACGCGACGGCGCCGCCAGCUCUGUUUCAUUAUUGUGGCGACGACAUGACGCUGGACAUCGUUUUCCCUGACUGGUCGUUCUGGGGAUGGCCUGAAAUCAACAUAAAGCCAUGGGUGCCUCUGCUGAAAGACCUGAAACAAGGCAACCAGAGGAUCAAGUGGGUGCAAAGGCAACGUUACGCCUACUGGAAAGGGAAUCCCUAUGUGUCCCCGGGUAGGCAAGACCUCCUCAAAUGCAACCACAACAAGCAUCAGGAUUGGAAUGCACGCUUUUAUGUGCAGGACUGGGAACGUGCAUCCAAGCAAGGUUACAAGCAUUCAAAUUUGGCAGAUCAAUGCACUCACCGAUACAAGGUCUACAUUGAAGGAAGGGCCUGGUCCGUCAGUGAAAAAUAUAUCCUAGCUUGUGAUUCUCCUACGCUACUAGUGACGCCUCAUUACUACGAUUUCUUCACAAGAAGUUUAUUGCCGAUUCAUCACUACUGGCCCAUCAAGGACACCGACAAGUGUCGAUCUAUCAAGUUUGCCGUCGACUGGGGCAACAAACACAAAAAACAGGCACAGGCCAUUGGGAAGGCGGGGAGCAAAUUCAUUCAAGAGCAGAUCAGGAUGGAGUUUGUGUAUGACUACAUGUUUCAUCUGCUGAGUCAGUACUCGAAGCUACUGACAUACAAACCCACUAUUCCUCCACACGCCGUCGAGCUCUGUUCGGAGGUGAUGGCUUGCCCUGCAGCUGGACUAAACAAAGAGUUCAUGAUGGAGUCCAUGGUGAAGGGUCCUGCCAAUAAAACCCCAUGCACCCUACCGCCUCCUUUUGAUCCUCCAGCUCUUGAAGCUUUUUUGAAGCACAAAGAAAAUCUCACCAGCCAGGUCGAAACAUGGCAAAAGCAAUUUUGGGAGAAAAUAAAUUAAUGGCUUCAAUUCUCUCUAUAGCUAGUCUAGUCUCUUGUACGCGUAAAAUUAAGAAAUAUUUUCAUAACUCAAGUAUGUAUCAAUGGUCUAUCAUAUUCACACCA